CUUGCCGUUACCCGUGAUUUCUUGGACGAAAAUCAAUUUGCCCUCCACAAUGACAGUCAGCACGGGGAAUCGGGAUCGGAGCACAACCGUCGCGUGAGCAGUGAUCUCUGUCCCCCCGCUCCUCAUAGGAGACGAACACGUUCCCAGACUCACGGUUCCUCCCCCGCUCUCCCCCAAACGACGAAAACGCGCACCUGAGACGCACGCAAGAUGCCCACAGUCGAUAUCACCAGCAAGGGUGGCCCAUUGACUGUAUCCUACACGAUCUCCACCCCGAAUUCGACGUUUGCCAAGACCAUCACGGACGGCCUGCCCACCGUCGUCUUUCUGCAUGCCGUCUUCGUCGGGAAAGCGUCAUUCGACGCGCAAUACCGGGAUCCUCGACUGCGCCGCUUCAACCUCAUCGCCCUGGAUUUGAGGGGCCACGGCGACACGGUGGGCGACGCAAAGGAGACUUAUGGGGUGGAGGAGGCUGCGGAUGAUGUCGCGCAGUUUCUGGAAGCACUCCGACUGCCCCCCGUGCAUCUCAUGGGCGUGAGCCUCGGGGCUAUCAUCGCCCUCGAAGUGGCAGUGAGAUACCCACAUCGUCUGCAGUCGCUCAUUCUCAACUCCUGCCCUUCCAUGGACGAGCCCGCAGCAGUCGCUGAGGGUCGCUUGGAGAUCUACACGCUCUGGGCGAACGCGUUUGAGGGUGCGCGACAGGCUGGAACAUCGGUGGACGAGGAGUUCCUGCACGAGGCCGUGUACGGCGCUCUGCAGCUGAACGUGAACAACACGGACUGCCCGUUGGUCGACCAACUGACCGAACUGUACCUCAAGCACGCCCUGCACAACUGGGACGGCGCGCAUCUGCAGUUCAGCCGGCGGGUGACCGUCACCCCGUUCGUCGACCGCCCGCGAGCGACGGUGCGCGGGAUCGCGUGCCCGGUACUGCUGAUCCACUGCGAGCACGACGUGGCGUAUCCACUAGAAGCGGCCGAGGAGAUGCGCGACGCGAUGGAGGUGGCGGGCGUCGAAGUGACACUGCACGAGGUGCCCGGCGCGUUCGCCUUGGCGCAUCUCUCGGACGCCGACGAGAUCAACGAGCUGGUCUACGAUAUGGUGUUGCAGCGCGCUCGGGAAGAAGACCUCCCUCCGGCUCCGACGACGGUCGUUUCUCCGUUCGCGGAGCUGCUUGUUCGCCAUGACAAGCGUGAUUCAGAUGACACAGAUUCGGCUUCUGAAGGUGUCCAUUGAUCCGUUACCAGCUCGCACUUUGGUCAUUAGGGGUAUACUUGGUGAUGUGAUACACAGGACUAACCGUAAAGAGCUAGCAGCGAGGCACAUUGUGAGAGAUCUGUCCAUGCUUUGGUAAUAGAGCGUGGGAAACGCAAUUGCUAUGACAUUUCACCAUCACCUCAUGUAUACAAGACCAUCCGUCUGUAUUUGUAUGACAGAGCAAACGCAACCCCACUCUUACCCGACCCUUUCUCUCUGCACGACAGACCAUGGCGUUUUCGGAAUCAGAUGACUCGAGAAUGAAUGGAUACAGCCGUGACUGCGACAUGAAAUUUGAAACUUCAGUGCAGGUGUAGCAAACGACUUGAUUCCCUUUGAACCAAUCGAUUGGUCACCCGCGGUUAUAGUCGAAGGUAAAGAUUGGAUUGCACGGCUUGAUCAGGGCCGGGACGAGUACAGAAGAAUCUACAACCUAUCGUACAAACAGCGGACUAGGAGUUGAAUCCUUCAGGUGGGUGGGCAGCCCAUUUACUGGGUGCCCUUGACGAGCAGGUAGCUGUAGGUGAUCGAGUUCUGCAUGCCGUUCAUGCCCAACUGCAGCUGGUGGCCGCAGUUGGUGGCGUCCUUCUGGCCCGCGACAACGCGGUACAGCGAGCACGUGAGCUGCGUCGAGUUUUUCUUCUGAUGAUCGUCAGUACCGUGUUUUCGGCGGAGAGGGAGAGAGAAAGGACGGACGACGCUUCCAUUGUCGUGGUAGACUGGAUGAGAGUUCCAAGUCAGUGAGCGAAACUCAGAUCAGUCCACGUCCACGCACAGUUCGCACUCAUACAGUCCCUCUGGGCCGUGCACAUGUCACCGCAGGCUGCAACGUCCGUCAGCAGCAAGUUCGCAUGAGGAAGCCAUGGCGGGCGCAUUUACCCUGCGCAGAAUCGACCAGAGCGAACGUCUCGUACGCAUUGGCCGGCUGCGAGAUUUGCACGGCGCAGGUGAGGUUCUGGAAGCCGUAGCUGUAGCCAGUCGGGGUGGCGGGCGCCGUCGCGUUUGCGUAGGGAGACGGGGCUGCGUUGGGCACGGCCAUUCCCGCAGCGCAGGCGACGAGAGCAGACAGGAGGCAGAAGACGUUGGAGAUCAUCGUAGAUAUGUCCAAUACCGGCGCAGUGGACUUGAUGGCAGAGAGGAUUCUCCACCAUUGGACCAGGGAUGGUCAGGAGAGG